AAGAUGACUCCUCCCUUCGCCAUCUUCGUUCUCUUUUCUCUCUCUUUCUUUCUGUGUUGCUGCUUCAAUGGUGCAAUUGCUGCCGAUCUCAUUCAGGAAACUUGCAAAAAAUCAGCACAGAAAGACCCAAACAUCAACUACAAAUUCUGUGUGACCUCCCUCGAAGCUGUUCCCAAAAGCCACAACGCGAUGAGUCUCAAAUCACUUGCCCGCAUUUCAAUCAAGCUGGCCAAAACCAACGCCACUCGCACCAGAUCAUAUGUUAAAAAGCUCUCGAAGAGCAAAACUCUCAACCCUCGCGAUAAGCCUCCCUUGACGGAUUGCUUGGAGCUGUACUCAGAUGCUGUCGACUCGCUAAAAGCUGCGGUCAAGGCUUUCAAAUCAAAGGAUUAUUCAAAGGCCAACGUAGAGGUGAGCUCCGCCAUGGAUGCACCUUCAACCUGUGAGGAAGGUUUUCAGGAGACCAAAGGUGGGGUCUCUCCAUUGACGAAGAGAAAUAAAGAUAUGUUUCAGUUAUGUGCAAUAGCACUAUCUAUCAUUAACAUGGUCAGUAAGGAAUUGACUUUGAAAGAGGAGUUAUAAGAGAUACUAUUAGUAAUGUUUGGUUUGUGAUCUGGGUUUUUCCUUUUGCUUCUCAAAAAUUGUUUGUAUACCAACGAAGGAAAUAACAUACUUCUUCGUGAAUUCAUCAUUUAUAUAGGGUUUGAGAUUGUAUGA